CACGGGGGUUACGGUCGUGGACUCCAUCCAUCAAUUGGACGUUAACUCUAAGAAUGCCCUUUGCACGAGGCUGGCUUCCUGAAAUCCAUAGACCAAAGACAUGCUACAUGCCUCCGUUUUAGAUAUCCGACUUGAGCUCUAUGUUGAUCCCCGCUCCGGGCCUGCAACCGAAGUUCGUGCGCUUGUGCCAGUAUACUCAACAGGUUGCAACCCUCCUCGAUGGCGUUCCUAUUCAGCCGUAACAAGUCUCGGCAACCCGCAGAGAUUGCGAAGACAUUGAAGGACCUGCUGGCACGCUUGUGGCAGGCACCCGGGUCCCCCAAGAUCGAGGAAGAUUUAGCAAAACAUUUGGCACAGAUAAAGUUGAUGGUCCAGGGAACACAGGAAGUUGAUAGCCUUCCAGAUCAGGUGCAUCAGCUAAUACAGGCUUUCAUCCUUGAUGACCUCCUCUACGAGUUGGCCCGAAGUAUCCAGCAUCUUCCCUUUGAGGCCAGAAAAGAUACCCAGACAAUAUUUUCCCACCUCCUUCGUUUCCGACCACCCAAUAUCACCUCAACAGAUCCCCCCGUCAUAUCUUAUAUUGUCAAUAAACGACCGGAAAUUCUUAUUCAGUUAUGUCACGGCUACGAAAACAGUAGAAGUUCAACGCCUUGUGGGACUAUCCUGAGGGAAGCCUUAAAGUUUGAAGUGGUGACGGGGAUUGUCCUAUAUGACCAGUCCAAAGACGAGGAACCUGCGAUCAGGCUGAACGAGGUUCAACCUGGGACAGUACAAACAGGGGCAGGAGUAUUUUGGAAUUUCUUUCACUGGAUAAACGAGAGCAGUUUUGAAGUUAGCGCCGAUGCGUUUACAACUUUUCGUGAGAUUUUGACGAGGCACAAAGCUUUAGUGGCUGGCUACCUUGCAACCAAUUUCGAUCUUUUCUUUUCUACAUAUAACAACGUUCUCGUCCUCUCAGAUUCCUACGUGACCAAGCGUCAGAGCAUCAAACUAUUAGGCGAGCUUCUCCUCGACCGAGCGAACUACGGUGUUAUGACGACAUACGUAGACAGCGGUGAACACCUAAAACUAUGCAUGAAUUUGCUCAAAGACGACCGCAAAAUGGUCCAGUAUGAAGGUUUCCACAUAUUCAAGGUCUUUGUAGCAAAUCCAAACAAGUCUGUUGCGGUGCAACGGAUUCUGAUCAACAACCGUGAUCGGCUUCUUAAAUUCCUCCCCAAAUUCCUCGAGGACCGAACUGAUGAUGACCAAUUUACGGACGAAAAGAGCUUUCUUGUCCGCCAGAUUGAAAUCCUUCCCCCGGAGCCAGUUGCGCCCCGAUAGAGGUUUCAGAUCACCAACCGCACCAGAUGGUUGCAUUACAUCUAUUCUCUCUUUGGCUUUCGUUCGUUCGUCUAUGACUACGGGCCAUAAUUGAAUAUAUUUUACUGGUUCGUGCGCUAAUUGACUCAGUACCAGACUCGUUGUAAAUAUAUAAUGCGCCAGCGCAGGGGCAUUUAGUAAACAAUAUCCAAAGCUCCCGUGCCGGCAAAGCCGAUAGCCGGG